CACACACUUGCCAUCUAUUUAUAUUAUACAUUUAAUGGAUUCGCAUCGCGUGGAGCUGGGUGACUCCAAUGAAUCCGUCUCUGUCAUUGACGAUGCCGAUGUUUUAGAUGACCAAGGAUCUGGAAGAAGACAUGGCAAGCACGGCGGCCCAGAGGGAACGAGUCGAGAUGGUCAUCAAAAUGAACAUGAGAUGCACAGUAGAGCGAAAGUUGGCUGGGAUGACAAAGGGCACGAGCGAUAUACCCAUGAGGAGAAUAGUCGUGAUAUAGACUUUGACGACAAAGCAAUGGGCGAACACGAGGAUGGCAUAGACGAGGACGAGGAUGAGGACAAGAUAAAAGAUACAGUUCCGAAAGAGUUUAAAUCUGCAGAUGCAAAUCAGGAAGAAGAGACCGGCAUUGAAGAUACAUCAGACCUUGACGUCCCGGCACCGAAACUGCUUCGGAUAGUAGAUUCUAGAGAACUUCUUUUCUUGGAACGACAUCGUGCACUGGAGUUGGAAGAAGCUGAGGACGAGGACGAUGAGUGGCAAGUCGAAGAGGACGUAGAGGUCGAGGAUAUGGGGGAAGGGCUUGAAGAAAGCGAACCAUCCAGUGACAGUCAAGAUGUUGAGGAUGAUGAAUUAGAACAAACUUCCAGUGAACAGGACGAUGAGAAUGAUCAUGACAGGUUCAGAGUACACCAUUUACAUGAAGAUGCGACUACUGAGACUGAUGGUGAACAUUUCACCUCAGAGAGUGAGAUGGACGGGAACAAAGCAGACGAUGAGGACCAAAUGCUCUCGAGUGCGUUUCAAAGCGAUAGUAGCUCGUUGAAUCAAGGGAAUCCACGUGCACAUUCUAGCGAAAGUAUGGAUCGGCUAGCGAGCUCUAUGAGCGACCUCUCUGAAAAUAGUGAAAGUGUUAGCUUGAAAGACCUGAGUGAGGCUGACAUAAAAUGCGCUGAUGUGGCACCAGAAGGUCAAGAGUCUUGCACAGAUGAUGGCGAUGUCGAUGACGAGGAUCGUAGUUCAUCUAUUACAAACGAUGAGAAUCAUGAAUUUGACGAAUCCUCAUUAGCCGACGAAGAGGAUCAUCCCGUUGGAAAUGACCUGGAAGCACAUUCUGCUUCCCGUUUGAAUUCAGAUGAUAAGAGUGGCGAUAUGGGCAAUUAUAUAGACGGACAAGAAACUUGUGAAGAUAUCAUUGACACUGGAGUCGGACCAGAUUACCCGCAAGAUCUUGGACAGGAUAACGUGGGGGAGCCGCUGCAUUCGAUCUCUGACCAAGAAAAAGCGGUGGAGUCCUCAAUCAUAACCACUUCGAUGACUAUCCCGUUGACUUCUGAGCUCCAGAUGCCAGCUCAUCAUGAAGAAACACAACAGAGUAGCGAUAAACAUCUAGAAGACAAUUCCUGUGAAAACUGCCAAGAUAUAGACGAUAUGAACAACAUUGUAAAUAUCGCAGAUUCGCAGAUGGAGAAAGGAGCGAACCAAGAAAAGCUUGAAGGUGGCCGCAGUGACGCCCUGGACAUCAAUGAGAGCGAGAACGAGCCUAGCUCUACGUCAGAAGAUGCGAGCCAAAACGACGCACAUGGCAUGGACACCUUUGCCAUCCGUCAUACCAAUCAGGAACUCAAUAGUUCAGAGAUAGUUCCAGACUCCCACGAGCCAGUAAUGACCCGCAUUAUAGCAAUGACCGACGACAGCGGGCUGACGGAGGGUGAUGCAGAACUGCAGACGGGCGAAGAUGCAGAAGAGCUGGUAAUCCAUGAAAAUCGACCAGCCCGUAUUGCAGUGACUGGAUCUAGGCCACAUGAGGUCGAAGCAAAGGCAGGAGAGUCCGCCUCUCCGCUGAGCAGUCAUUCGGAGAGAGGGGAGCCAACCCAGGUCAACCAUGGACUUGUAAUAGUGGCACCUACUGUGAUAGGAGGUCCCAAGGAUAGGCUAGACACAAAUGACGAUGUCGAAGGCUUGCUGGCGUCAUCAAAGACCUGUAGCACAGGACAUGGUAUCCCGUCAGUGGAGCAGGUCUCGAACAGACAGGUUGGCGACGGAUUGGAUUUAGUUCCGCAAAGUAACAGCGGUCCGGCACCGCUUUUGGUUGAGAACGACGCUUCGCAAAAUGAUCAAGUAGUAGAAAAGCAAGAUAAGCAACCAACACUAUGCAGAAAUCAAAAUUCCAGCGACGAAGACUCCAUUGAACAGAUGGAUCCAAGAACAGCACACAGUAAUAAGCGACAUGAAGACAUCAAUGCAGUUGCUCAGCAGUCCCUGCACCAGGAUGAUGACGUCGACGGUGAUAGAGCCACUGAAGGGGCAGCGGGCUAUGUGGAAGUUCACAUCACACGAUCUGUCGCAGGAGAGAAUGCAGACCUGGAGGGAAGCAAGAAUCUUACUGCCGACGCGUAUAUUACUCAAGCACCCAAGAAAUCAGAGCCUCCCGCCCUUGAGAUUGAUGUGUUGGACAUGGCCUUGAUUCAAGCUCAACUGCGAGAAUCAACUGUGACUGCGGAUUCAAUGACUACAACGUCCGCUUCCAGCACCAACUCGACAAUCGCCCAGCUUACAUAUCAGAUUCAAACUGCAGUUCAGACAUAUUCGGUCACAGAAACGCAUCUCCAUGCCAUCCAAGCUGAACACCACUCUCUCCUCUCUACUUUUACCAGUCUGCAGGCAGACGUGAUAAAUGCCCUUGGUCACGCUACUACAUUGCUUUCCCGAAUCCAACAACAGCGACUUGCUAAUGCUGAAGCGAGAGAUGCAUUAGAGAGCAUUCGCCGUCAGAUUGUAGAUGAAAAACAUUCCAGGGACAAAAUGGGAUCUGCGCUCAUGGAGGUUCGACAAGCCUUAGCCAAACGAAAACCAUUGACAGAAACUGCGGUUAAUAAAUCGGCUGGUACCGGUGGUUCGUCAUCGGGCGACGUCACCAUCAAAAGACCUCUAGAGGAUAAGCUCCGCGCCGCCGAAGCCACCAUGCAAGAGCAAGUCCGUUGGAGGCGUGAAAAGGCGGAUAGAAUAGCUCACUUGUCUACUCUGACACGCGCUGCAUGGGAGGCGUCAGACAGAGACGCCAGCGAAGGAGACAUGAGCGAAGAAAUCAGACACAUUCGGACUGAAAUUGAACAGCGUCUGCUAGAGAGAACUUCUUGGGUAGAAUCAUUCGCACGUCAGUGGAAGGACUUUGAGGCGCGACGGGUUUCCGUGGCAGAACGAUGGAAAGAGCAUGAGGGCUAGAUGGUACCAUGCCGUGGUCCGACGUCUCCCUUUGGUCUUCCGACAUUUACCCAGUGAAUGGAAAUGAGUCCUGAUUAUUGUAGAUAACGUGCAGAUCCGUAGAUAUCCCUAAAUCUAGUUUUUUUUUAGAUUCUGGCCCCCAUGGUGGCAAAUCUACUGGUGCAGUUAUGUAGGACUAACGCCUGUACUCGCACUCAGCCAUAAAAUACCUGCUAAAUGCAGUUUAGAACAAUAAGAAACCUGACUCUCAGCAAA